UAUUUUUUUCCCCUUUGUUCAGGUUACUGCUUUGGGAUUGUGACGAUCGAAGCUAUAGCUACUACGUUGAGGUUUCUACCAACCAGCAACAGUGGACCAUGGUUGCUGACAGAACUAAAGUCUCCUGCAAGUCCUGGCAGUCAGUAACCUUUGAAAGGCAGCCUGCCUCCUUCAUCCGGAUCGUUGGGACACACAACACAGCAAAUGAGGUGUUCCACUGUGUCCACUUUGAGUGUCCAGAGCAGCAGAGCAGCCAGAAGGAGGAAAACAGUGAGGAACCGGGGACAGGGGACACCAGCCUGGUGGGUCAGCAGCGUGACCCCCAUGCCCUGCGGGCACCCAGUGGCAGCUCGCUGCCCUCCAGCCCAGGCUCCAGCUCACGCUCCCCCAACCGGCAGCACCAAUAAAGGAGGCAGCAGGCCUGGUGUGACUUGGUGGGCUCCAGCGACCACAGGAAAUGGUCUCCUCCCUGAGAAGCGGUCUUUGGUUUCCACCCGCAUACCUGCCCCCACCCCUUCCCAGGGAGGAGCAACCUGGCUGCAGAAGCGGACACAGAGCAGGUUUUCUCCCAAGGACAGAAAGGGGCUGCUUUGUUCUCAAUUUGUCCAAAUCAGGCUGGUCUCCAGGGGGAGAAAAUGGGUCUUCAAUCUUCAUCAAGUCCACCAUUAACACCCUACCUCUCUAAUCUAACCCAGGCGCAGGGAACAGGGGAGGUAAUAGACAGGCCUGUGCUGGAAUACAAAAAUGGCACACGAACGCUCAGGCGGAGGAGGAAAUAUCAGGCCUUUGUUACCUGGAGGCACCCUUUAGGAAAUGGGCUUCCACAGAGUGCUUACUCUUACGGAAUACAUUGCCCUGGCAACUAAAUGAUUUUUUAUUUCUUUUAGUUAUUCUCAUUCAGUGAAUCGUAGGUGUUCCAGAUCUAUUUGAAAUGCUCAAACAGCAAAUCACUUGUUUUAAUCCCUUUUGAUGCUGUAAUUUUCCUGCCUUGGUUUUGAACGGUUCAGCUUGUGGGGACAGAGACCCAUCAUGCGUGUCUCCUAAAUGAGGCACGGAUGCAGCUCAUCCUGGCACCUGGGCGGCAGAGGAAAGCUUCUGAGGAAGUUCAUCACAUGCACACGAGCAAAUCAACCUGUGGACACUGGAGUUAACAGUCACUCACAUGGCUGAGUUAUUCACCUGUCAUUCCUGAAAUGUAUUCAGUCUUUACGCUUGGGAGGCUGACAAUGAAACAGUUACUAUGCCUGCUGCUAAUUCACCAUUCAGAAGUCCAUGUAGAUAAACGUACACCGAGUUCUGGUGUGGCCAAACCCGCCUGGGACCGCCAUGGCUUUGCCGCCCCUCCGGGUGUGUUUAGCGGAGCAUCAGAGAGGCAGCUGCCUGCCCAUCAGCGCUGGGAAUGCAGAACUGGGACUCCGGGCUUUCCCCACACCGCAGUACUCAACUGGGGAUUGAAAAAUAGCAGUUCUAAGAAGCUUUUCUCCUAAUCCUCAUUGAAAGGACCUCAUUCGACAGUGGUAGCUUGAUCUGGCUCCGUCUCUUACUUAGUGAUUUCCUUUCUAGUUCUGACUGCCCUGGGUAACUGCGCACGUCAUUGCUUGCCCCUCCGCUGUCUCCAGAGCUCCGGCCUCUGUGGCCAUCAGUGUCUGCCUGGGAGUCUCCCCAGGAUGGCACGGCAUGCCAGCAGCAUCUCGGUCCCUGGGUCCUCAGUGCCAACCUGCAGUCCUGAUCAGAGGAAGGUGCGAGCGCAGAGUUUCCUUUCUGCUGUCUCAAAGACAUACCGGCUGGGUCUAGAAAGAACCAACGGGUCAGCUGCUUCCUCCUAGUUUAACUUGGUUUUGAGUGAUUGUCCAUAUUGAAAUAGUAGGGUAGCAUCAAACUGCGUGAUUAAAUUGGAAGGCUGUCUUUCCAUGUGAACACAGGACGGCAGACAUCAGAGGGCCACCUGGGCAGAACAGACAGGUUCCUGGGGAGAAGCCAGGUCCAUGGUUCUCUGUCCUCCUCAGUGGCUCCAGCUGCAGGGCUGAGCUGCUUCCUAUCCCCUCAGCUCUGAUCUCCGCCACUUCCCUGUUGUGUGAGUGAGCGGAACGCCCCUGGGGUUUCAGGCAAUUCAUAAUGUGAGGAGGUUCCUGUAAGGAACGGUGGGCGCCCACUCAUGGUGGGGGGCCCUCCAGCAGGGUUGCUGACUCUCAGCCUCCAGCCCCAGGUUGCCAAUUAGCCAGAGAGCUCCUGUGCACUCAGCACUUCCUUCCCCAGUGCGUUUUCUACCCAGAUGGGGACAGAGGAGCCAGAUCAGUCAUAUCAAGGGCAGAGUUCAAACGUUUUGAAAGAGCCAUUCAAGUGCUUCUUUUUAAACAUGGGUAUCGCCUGUCCAGAGGCCCCAGGCCUGGAGCAGCACGCUGCUGACCUUGGGAAGAGAGGGUGGGCAGGUGCAGGGGGCAAAGGAGCUGCCCAGCCCUGCAUCUGCAGCCCUCCAGCCCCUGCCCACAGAGCACACAGGGCCCUCCUGUGCUCUGGGAACUACAUGCCAUCUUGGCAGCUCGGCCUCGCAUCUGAAAAGGAACAUGCUGCAAAGCCUCACCCCUAGACCCGUAUCUGCAGUUCCCAGACCCGUGGGGCACUUUCCUUUGGGGCAUGCACCUCCAGAUCUCUGUCCCUCCUGUCUCCCAGCACUUUAAGGUUGCCCCUUAUUAUCAGAUAGAGAAGUAAGGGGAAGAUGGGGCAUCGCUAGCAACAGAUGUCUCAUUCCCCCACAGCCGUGCUGCCAGCUUGCCUCCCUCACUUUGCCGGGAGCCUGCCUCAGACUCCAGGAGAACUCCCGGGCAGGAGGGGCACUGCCCUUCCCCAAAGGGGCCUUCCGACUUGGGCAGGAGCUCUUUUCGUGUGUCCAGCUGGGCCUGGAGGCCACAGUCAAGGUGUGUCACACCACACACCAGGGCAAGGCCCUCAUCUCCAGGGAACAGGGACAAGGGAGAAGCUACCACAAAGUCCCCAGCAGCCUGGAGUUCCCGAGCCUAGCUGGUCCUACAGAGCACUUCCCUGGCCACCUGGACCAAAGUGACCUAAAAACUUGAAGCUAAAAGCAAGUGCUGAUGAUGGGAUGGUCUGGCACGUGGCUGGGAGGAUUCCUGGGCAUCAUAGAGCCCUCAGCCCAGCAGAGAGUGGGGGCUGAGUCCUCGGGGAGCAGAGGGGUGUGAGGAAGGAGACAGGCUGGCACCCAGCAAGGCAGUCUCACAGGCGGGGCACCGCGAGCACUUUGGACUUGAAGCAGCUGUGAACCCCUCCCCACCCCAACACGCACAGACACAUGUUUUGCCAUUUUCUCAGCGCUUUUUCUGCUUUCAUUGUUUGAUUUUAGUUAGAACCACGAGCCAUGAUGGAUGUGAGACUCUUCUCAAUUGCUCUUUAAAUUGUCACUUUUUAAAUCUUAUUAAAUGAAGUGUCAAUUCCUGACAAAUACAUUAAAAGUGUUUUAUUCCUAGAAGCGUUGGGAAAAGAAAUUAUUUUCAGCAAGAGUAGGAUGUGUUUGUUAGACUGAUUCCUUGGCAAAAAGGGAAAAAAAGCUUUUGAAUUGUGCAAAAGAUUGCCCAGUAGUUAUGCUGUCGCCCCAAUUGUCAAACUGCUGUGCAGACGGCUCCAACCCAGUCAACUUCACCUUCUUUUUAAUUUAGAAGACAACAAAAUUGUACUCACUUAUCCUUUCCAGAGCCAAGGGGGAAAAGGAAGGUAAAAUCUACAACAAAAAGCGUGCGUUCUGUGUGCUGAGGCCACUCAGUAAUAAAGAGACGGAUCGUUCCCCCUCGCAGACUUCAAUUAAGAACCUCCCUUUGGACAGGGAAGAAAGGUGUCAAAGAGGAAAAGAAAAUUAAAUUUGCCUCCUUCUAGGAGUCUUUCCUCCUUA